UUUCGUUCGUAUUUAGUCAUCUGUCAAUUAACGAGUGUAUACGAGAUCGUAUUGAAUAUUGAUACCUGUUGGCGAAUUCGCUAAAUUUUGCGUACAUUCGACGUGUUCAUCUCGUUAUGAUUAAUUUCGUUGUGUUUGGUUGUUUCGUUUCGAUGGGCUGUGUGUACUCCGAGGAUGCAUGGACUUUGCAGCGAGCCUCGGGCGACGAAUCGAGCGUAAUUUUUGAAAACACAACUUUCACCGGUGAUCUGAUGAUGUGUUCGUGGUCAUGGAGAGAUUCACUGGCCGGCAUAUGGGAAUCCAGAGUCAAGGUAUCGUUCAAGAACGACAAAUACUUAGGGGGCGGUUUCGAUUACCACGAUGGAUACGGCAGGGAGCUGAUUCGAGUACGUUGGUAUCAACUAAAAGACCAAAAUGUCACUUGGAAAACCCUUCUCACCAACAAAUUCCCACCAACUGCGUGGAAUCUUAGUGCAUCGUUCGCAUCUUGGGGAUAUAUGCCGAUGGGCGACAACAGUUGGGGAUUUUUCGUCAAUAACGUCACGGUGGAGCCAAAACCGAUUUUUCAGAGGAGUAAAUUAGUUCCUUUCGUCGCGAGUAUUCAAGAUCUAGCUAUGGUUUUACGUAAGAAGCGAUCGGCUCAAUCGCAGAAUGCGGAAAUAUUUGAAAGAUCAUCCAAUGAAGUUAAAGGAUUCAAUGUUAUUGAUUUAUUCACCGGAAACGGUAUAUUUUCUCAAGUUCCCCAAAUGGUGAUCAAUGUUUAUAGUUUCAUAUCCAGCCUGUUCCCGGCUGAUAGCAAUGAUUACGAUUUGCCUCCGGAUGAUUAUUCUACAGAACCGGAAGCUGAAACUGUUCCUACUACGACAGCCAGUGUCGCUUUGAAAACUACACCGGCUCUUUGAUGAGUACAUAUUCAAGAGUCUCCUUUUUUUUGGCGAGGGAAUGGGAAAAUAAAAGUUUUUGGAGCGAUGAUUUGGAAUAUUGAGUAACUGUAAGAGAUGUUUUUCUGUGUUUUCAAUGUGAAUUUUUUCAAUAUACGCGUGGCAAGUUUGUGUAUCGCAUGUUUUCCGUAUUUUUGUAAAGUCAUAUAUUGGGUCAAAUGAGAAAAACUAGCGUUCCAAAAAUCAAAUUCAGUAGAUGAGAUUUCAAAAUGGUAGAUUUGAGAGAUUUUCGAUAUGAAUUGUGACUGAAUCCGCUCUCAGACUCAAAUUUUUCUUUAGUGAAGUAGUGAUUUCAGGAUCGAUUUGGAAAUCUUUUUCUUAAUUAUUUGAACUCUAACACUUUAACCUUCCUCUCCAAUAUAUGGCAACACGGU